CAUAUUGUCAUGUGACCGUUUGCUCGACCUUAAGUCCGAUAACGAAGAAAAUACAUGAUCCUUUCCAGCUUAUUCUAUGAUCCAGACAGUCCGCGGUCCAGUGUUGAGCCUAUGAUCGCCACGGUCGAACUAUACAGGCUAGCAAGGAAGAGGAAAUACUCAGGUUGACUGUGGACUAGCAGGGGUUUUGAUCGAGACUCCGGUUGCGAAGAAAUAUUUCCCGACUUUUGAUAUGAGAGAGCAGUGAAUUACGAAAGCAUGGCGAAGCGACAAACGACUCUACUUCCUUUCCUCUAUCCAUUUCUGUUCCAGCAGGGUCCUCGUGCAAGAAACACCGCACUUCGUGCAGCUCGAGAAGGAUAUCUGAGAAUUUCUUCACGAUGGCAAAGUACAGCUAGCACUCUGAGAAGGAGCAGCGAGAUACCAACUCUCUCAGAAUCUUCGAUAAAGAAUUCUCACCUCAAUCCAUUGCCCGACGAUUAUUCUCGAUUCAUAUUUCAAGACAAAUGCGAGGUCACAGUAUAUGCUGGUUCCGGCGGCAACGGCUGCGUCUCAUUUUUACGAGAAAAAUAUAUUGAGGAUGGUCCCGCAAAUGGUGGCGACGGGGGAACUGGCGGAAAUAUCUACAUACAGGCUGUUGAGGGCAUGACGAGUUUACACAAGUUGGCCAGACGAGGUGUUAUAAAAGCAGGCCGAGGCAAGAACGGCCAGGGCAAGAGCAAAGGUGGCCAGCGAGGGCGCGAUGUCCUCAUACAAGUCCCUGUUGGGACAGUGGUCCGCGAAGUUGGAAGAUAUGAUCCUGUAGAGGAAGAGGAAAACCGACUAAAGGAACUGAUGGCCGAGAUGGAAGAGGAAGAAGCUCUAGAGAUAGCUUCCACCCGCCGGGACCGCUGGGUGCUCUAUCCGGGGUCACAGCCAUCUGAUUUCUUGACCAUGACUUUUCCGAACCUAGGACCUCCACGAAGAUCGAGUCUGGCGGCCAUGGAGCCUCAGGCGCCUAUACAUCUGGACUUGUCUCAGCAUAUGGAUCAACCCAUGCUAUUAGCUGCAGGCGCUGUUGGCGGUUUUGGCAACCCACACUUUGUCUCGCGAUCUGUCACCCGACCGAAAUAUGCGACCAAAGGUGAAGGGGGUAUGAGGUUGGAUCUGGCAUUCGAGCUGAAGCUGCUUGCUGACGUCGGCUUGGUUGGAAAGCCUAAUGCUGGAAAGAGUACACUACUCCGCUCUCUGACAAAUAGUCGCACGCGUAUCGGAAAUUGGGAGUUCACUACUCUAUCCCCCAAUAUUGGCACGGUCGUGAUUGAUGAUUUCAAGGGUCGCCCUCUCGUUGCAACCAAAGGGAAGACACCGCGCACAAACUUCACCAUUGCGGAUAUCCCUGGUCUUGUGGAGGAUGCUCAUCUUGAUCGUGGUCUCGGCUUAGGCUUCCUCCGACAUAUCGAGCGGGCUCGUAUAUUGGCGUUUGUGGUGGACUUGAGUACGGAAGAUGCUGUCGAAGCCCUCAAGCGCUUAUGGCGUGAGCUGGGCGAAUACGAACAUAUCCGUGAUAAAGAGCGCUCCGCGGAAAGAGGUGGAAAUAGACUCGUGGACUGGAGUCCGAUCGGGGAUGAUAUGCCUCAGGUACAUUUCGAUGCUACUGGUGAUGAAGAAUUUCCCAUCACGGAUGCUUCGUCUUCGUCGGUCGUUCCACUGGUCAGGAGGUCACUUCCUCCUCUCGCCCUUCCUCCUAUCCACACAAAACCCUGGUUUGUCGUUGCUACUAAGGCAGAUCUUCCCGAGACACAGGAGAAUUUCCUUGCCCUUCGUGACUACCUUUCCCGUGUCCAAGAUGGUUCAGAGGGACAUCCCAGCGGUCAUGAGCACGGAUGGAAGGAGAACCUGCAUGUCGUCCCAGUGAGUGCAAUGAGAGGCGAAGGCGUUAAUGGUAUCCCGAAGUUGGUUAUCGAUUUGAUGGAGGGCUAGUCUUCGGGUUAAUUGGGAAUAAUAUCUGUAUAAUACUCUAAGCUGGUUACUGGAUCUCAACUGCAUGGCGAAUUGGUAUAUAAGCACACGAUCUCGAUGUCUUUCGUGUAUGAUAGAACUUGAAGAGGACAGAAUGAUCGACAUCAGCAGAACGGAGAAUAUAAGCCGUGAUGAUGUUUUGUUGUCUCAAAUGCCAACGCGCCUUCACAUGAUAGGUAGACAACAAGGGCCACGCCAAGCGGAAGACGGGUAGUAGAGAGAACAAUAGGCA